GAAUGACUUAACCAUAUUCUCUCUCUCUCUCUCUCUCUCUCUCUCUCUCUCUCUCUCUUUUAUCACUUUUUACAAGGUUUAACUUCCCACAAUACAAGGUCCUCUUCUUGUUCACUUUAUAGCCUGGAAUCAUGCACAGGGACAAGGGAAAUUCAUGUUGCUGCUCAUUUGAUGAGUGUAAGCUAGCUACAGAGUGGCUUCUGAGCAGGACUAGACACCGCCCAAAGAUAGCUGUAAUAUGUGGCUCUGGACUCAGCUUCCUUGCAGAGAGCGUCUCCAACAAACAGGCCUUUCGCUAUGAGGACAUCCCCAAUUUCCCUGUGAGCACAGUGCCUGGCCAUGAUGGGCAGCUUGUGUUUGGUCAUAUAAAAGACAAGUCCUGUGUCUUCAUGCAGGGCAGGUUCCAUCUAUAUGAGGGUUAUUCAUUGUGCAAGGUUACAUUGCCUGUGCGGAUUUUCAAGCUGAUGGGAGUGGAGAUGAUUAUCGUAACAAAUGCAUCAGGAGGCCUCUGUCAGGACUUCAAAGUGGGUGAUAUUAUGAUAAUCAAGGACCACAUUAACUUGCCAGGGUUUGCUGGACAACAUCCACUAUGUGGGCCCAAUGAUGAACGAUUUGGGAUCAGGUUCCCAUGCAUGUCUGAUGCAUACAGCAAAGAGCUAAGAAAGUUGGCUCUGGACAUCAGCACAGAGCUGGGUUAUUCUGACUUUGUGCGGGAAGGGGUCUACUGCAUGGUCAGUGGACCCAAUUUUGAGACUGUCGCUGAAGCACGGAUGCUGCAUAUCCUUGGAAGUGACUCUGUAGGUAUGAGUACAAUCCCUGAGGUGACGGUGGCCAAGCAUUGUGGCCUGCAAGUCUUAGGCCUGUCUCUCAUUACCAACAAGGUGUCCUUGGACUACAGCAAUGAGGAGAAGGUCAAUCAUGACGAGGUGCUGCAGAUCAGCAAGAUGAGGGCUGAGAUGCUCCAGAAUGUGCUCAACACCUUUAUUACUCGCUCCCAUCAAGUGGAGACCAUCAACAGCUGCUAGGCUUCCUUUAUUUUGACUCAGGCAGACUGAAUUUAUGCAGACACCAAGGAAUAUUUUUUUCCUAUCACAACUUUCCAGAGCUUGUUACAAUUCCUUACCCAGGCAAUGUAUUUUUCACUCAUCCUCUAUAAGCUGACAUGUUUAGAGUCAUUGUAAAUAAAAAUGCUCUGAAACUACUAAUCAUUUCAUUCAAACAGCCUCAAAUGAUCUACGAACACCAUUUAUUUUCAGACUAUUGUCCAAACCUCAUUUGCAUGAAACAAGUCACUAUGAUAUUUAGUAUAGUGCAAAGAGAAAGAUAGGUGAAACCCCUGAAUAUACUGCUAUGAUGCAGGGACCUGCAUUAAACACUGAAAUGAAUCACUGUUGUCAAGGUGUGUUGUAUUGUGCUGCCAGAUCUCCCUGACUGCAUGUGCAAAAACACCUCAGCUGAAAGAGGAAACUGCCCUUAAUAGAAAACAAGGACACAAGUCUCACAGUGGCUACAAUGAAUUGUGCAUUUCGUUGCCUGAGAAAUAAAGAAGGCACAUUGCAUGAAGAUUGCUUCAAAACUUUACAGCCACACAGUUGUAUUCAGUCAGCUUUUAGAGUUUAAAUACAUGUGGAUUGAUUAGUGUUGCCUUAAGACUGAAGACCAAGUGAAGACCGAAGACCUAUGAGUGAAAACAAUGCAGCCUGAGUAAGUCUAUGUAGUACUUGACAGGGCCAUCUCAAGUGGUGUGUGGAGCACAGGACAGUGUUUUUUCAGGGCUAGGGCUGAGGGAAUGUAGCAUAUAAAUAAACUAUAGAACCAAAUCAGUGAACAAACUAGCCUAGUGUAUUAUUACUCUAACUGUUUCUCUAACAAUAUCUAAAUAUAUCAAUAAUUUCCAUCUGCAAGAGUUCAGCAGAGUACCAAAGUCCGAUGCACUAAACGGUCACUGUAAUUGCUCUGGCAUAUGCUUGCGGUGUUUUAAAUAAAAACAUUAUUAACUACAA